UCUGUAAAUCUCUGCAAACCACCUUUCAUCUCCUGCACAGCAACCCAAGAGUCAGGAGCUCUCCCUGGAGCUGACAGACACUACUAUGAGAAGAGCGCACCUUUAGAGGGCGAGGGAUCCGUGCGCCGAGCGACAGAGAGCGGUUACGCAGCGACGACGCACCGGUCAUGGAGGGCAGCCUGUAACUCAGCAGCCGUGGGAGAGCCUGCGGUGGAACAACAGCAGCGCGCAGGGAAAAUGGGAAUGGCAAGCGAGGACCUGCUGGUAACCCUCCAGAUACUGCCGGGUUUCUUCUCCAACUGUCUGUUCCUCGCCCUGUACGACUCGGUGGUGCUGGUGAAGCGGGUCGUGUCGCUGCUCAGCUGCUCCCGCUCCGCCCGCAGCGGAGAGUGGCACCGCAUGCUGACAUCUGCGGGGCUGCGCUCCAUCUGGAACAGCUUCCUCCUGGACGCAUACAAGCAGGUGAAGCUUGGCUGCGAGGCACCCAACUCAAAAGUAGUCAAGGUACCUAAUAGUCCUCGAUGGAGCAGCAACGCCCGCAAUAUGGCCAGUGUGCCUCCUAGUGCCGAGGUCCGACAAGGGGAUGAGUGCCGGCUCCUGGACUUCGAGUCAUCUGAUCGCCCUCUGGUGGUCAACUUCGGCUCAGCCACCUGACCCCCCUUCAUCAGCCACCUGCCAGCUUUCCGGCGGCUGGUGGAGGACUUUUGUGAUGUGGCAGACUUCCUACUAGUGUACAUCGAUGAGGCUCACCCAUCUGAUGGCUGGGUGGCACCUCCCAUGGGCGCUUGUUCCUUUAAAGUCCGCACGCACCAGAGUCUGGAAGAGAGGGUGGGGGCGGCACGCAAGCUAAUUGAGCACUUUUCCCUGCCACCCCAGUGCCAGCUAGUGGCUGACUGCAUGGACAACAACGCCAACGUAGCUUAUGGCGUAUUCAAUGAGCGGGUGUGCAUUGUACAGCGGAAAAAAAUUGCCUACCUGGGUGGGAAAGGACCUUUUUUCUACAAUCUCAAGGAUGUACGGCAGUGGCUGGAACAAAGCUAUGGCAAACGGUAGGACUCAACAAGGAUAAGGGGGCGGUCACAUUACGUUUGAUUUACUGGAAAAAAAAAAUUGUUUGUCCCAACGAAUAUCGGCGAAGCAUUGUAUAGAGCUGGAUGGUGGGAAGCUUCCUCCAUGUUUGAUUUUGACUCUAGAUUGCUAGCAAUUAUGCGAAAAAAUUUGCAGGUUGAACUUUUGUGCAGAGCGAGGAGACCAAAUUUUCAAAUUUCCAAAUUUUUCAGAAAAUGGAUGCAAAUACUUUUUUCCUGUCCUCACAUGUGUUUGAUUUGAAAUUAGUGUAACAAGAAAGACAAGUGUGACCGCCCCUUAAAAGGUGGACAGUUGCCUGGUGGUUUUUCCAUAUGGGAAAGGCAGAGAGAACUCUAUUUUUAUAUAAAAGGCAGAAUUAAAAGGGGUGCUUUCACAAUUGUGCAGUGCCUCCAAUAAAAAAAUUAUGGACAAAUGAAUUUUCAACAAGUCCUAGGUUUGUGGAACUAUUUUACUUUUGAAACUGAAUUGGCUUUCUGCACACCAUUUCAUGGGAACUGAGACAAACUUUAUGUAAAGACAUGCACUGAUGCUCCAUAUUAACACAAGGCAGCAAGUUCAUUGGAGUCAACAUAAAAUGACUGGCUGUGCUUUAAAUAUGGCCGCACCCUUUUUGCUACUAAAAAAUGUUAUAGUCCAGAGUGUAAUCUAUUUUGAC